AAAGUCAAUACCAGUGGUACUAUAAAUUAACAAUCCACAAUUCUUGAAUUGAGAUUGAUGACCAUUCAUCCAAUUCAUCAGGUAUAUAAAGUUGUUGUCUUCCAACCGGUUAAACCAUUUUACAAGGGUCUUUCCUCCGAGUAAGAUGAAGUCACGCGAGUUGUGUUUUCUGUUUCUUGUAGUUCUUGCACUUACCAGUGCUGAACCAUAUCGUUUUGAUCAAUUCAAAGUGUUUAGAGUACGAAUUGAAGCACAAGAACAACUGGAUGUAUUAAGAAGUUUGAAAACCGGUCCAAAUAGUUAUGAAUACUUCGAUGAACCUCGUCAAAUCGGACAAGAACUGGACAUGAUGGUCCCACCAUUUCUUCAAUCGGAAUUCGAUAAUAUGAUUACGGGCACCAAAAUGAAUAAAAAGUUGAUGAUCAACAAUCUACAAGAACUCGUCGACAAAGAAAGGCCUAACAGAGCAGUGGAAAAUGAUGACGAAUUCGGUUGGGAUGAUUAUCACAGCAUUGACACAAUAAACGCAUGGAUGUACUCUCUGGAAGAACUCUAUGACGAAGUUACUGUUAUCCAAGGUGGAACAACCUACGAAGGAAGAAACAUUCUUGGUGUAAAUAUCAACCGAAAUCCUGGACAAAAUCCUGGAAUUUUCAUCGAAUCACAAAUCCAUGCUAGAGAGUGGAUCACAUCUGGUUCAACAACUUGGAUUAUCAACAAACUCCUUACAGCAACAACUGCAGAACCAGAGUACAAGAAUUUAGCUGACAACAUCAAUUGGUACAUCUUCCCGAUCAUCAAUGUUGAUGGCUAUGAAUACACAAGGAAUGUGUACCGAAUGUGGAGGAAGACCCGAUCACAACAAGGACUGAUUUGCAAUGGAGUCGAUCCUAACAGGAACUGGGACGUAUACUGGGAGAAAGGUGGAAUAGGUUCAUCAGCCAAUAUGUGCGAUGGAAGCUUCGCAGGACCAGAAGCAUUUUCGGAAAUUGAAACUAAAUCCCUUUCCGAAUAUAUCUUAAGUCUGGCAGAUAAUUUGAAUUUCUAUAUUUCCUUCCACUCUGCUGCUAACAUGCUCCUCUUCCCAUGGGGUCAUACUAACAAUCCAUCACCUUACUACCCUCAGUUUAUGGAAAUUGCUACAGCUACUAUAAAUGCACUACAUGCUCGUCAUGGAACGAACUAUACCUAUGGACCAGUUUACUCAACGAUCUAUCCUACAACAGGAAUUUCAUCAGACUGGGUGCAUUAUGCCCUGGGCAUUCCUGGUUUUACUUACGAAUUCCGUAAUAGAAAUACUGCAACAGGGGAAAACUACGGGUUCCUAGCGCCCCCUGAAGAAAUUCAGCCCAAUGCUGAAGAAGUUUUGGAUUCACUGGUGGCUCUUGUUCAGAAAGCAACAGAAUUGGGCUAUAUGACACCAAAUGCUCCAGGGAGACGUCAGUAAUGUACAGUAAGGAACGACGUGGAUCUUCAACCAGAAAAACCACAAAAUUUCACAAAUUUCGUUAACCGGAAUGAUUUGAAGGUUAAAUUUUUUUGUAAGUUUGAAAAUAAAGAUAUCAUGAUAUACUCGUAAUCGCAGAUUAA